AUGAUUCCCACGCCCUUCCUGGCCACAUGCGAGGACACUCACGCCAGUGUCCGUGGAGCGGACACCGUUCUUGGCGGCGAUGGGUGUGGAGACGACGUCGCCGGGCGUGCGAUGGAGCAAAUACGGCUGCUGUGGGCGCACUUUCAAGCGACUCGUGGGACAAAGGGUCCGUCGGCUGCGGCACACGGGGGCGUGCCGAACUUCACCCUUGGCGAAGACCUGCAUGCCGCUCUUGCGGGAAUGGACGGCGAUGCGGCGGAUGAGUCGGGCAAAGGAGGCGGAGUUGUAACGCCAGCCGUGGCAGACCAGCCGCAGGUGUGGAGGCCGAACGGCAGGGCUGGAGAUGCACCCCAACAGAGUGGGGUUCAGAGGGACGUGUGCGUGGCGACGCAGGCACCAACACGACCCGCCCGAGCUGCCGAAGAGUUAGUGCCGGUUGCAGAGGCAUUUGAGCGGCCAAACCGCGGAUUCGCAAUGAACCGACUGUCAGGAGCUGGGAGGCUGGCGAUCGUGGGGAACCACGUGGCUCCCCGGGUGGGCGGUGUUGGCGUGGAGACAGCGACGGGGAUGGCCGCGGGGAGCGUAGCGCCUGAUGGUGUUGCGUGGGAUCGACAUGCGCCAGGCAUGCAAGGAAGAGGGUUGAAGCGAGAGCGGCCGAGGAUGACGAUCGUGGUCGACUACAACCCAAACGAUGCCAGGCCUGAUUUACAGCCGGGAAUGCCACCGGCAGACCAAAUUCACUUUUACGCCAAGAAGGCGAUGCAUUUGCUGUUGCGCUCAUGCGCCGCGCAUGGCGUAACGCACUGGCCGACGGACGACGAGAGGAACGUGGCCCUUCUCGUGGUGCUCCGGUGCCACUACGACGGCUGUCAGCUAGACGUUGACCGCGCCAUGAGGAACCGGGCGUACAGCAAGGUGGUCAACAAGAUCUGGUCGAAGUUCAUGAGUGACUCGUCGUCGAACGGACGCCGCAGGAUCGUGGAUGGGCCGGAGAUCGAGGUCGCAGCCACCGGCAUCUACAAGCUGGAGAUAGAUAUCGACACCAAAAAGGAGCUGCACCGGAAAUACGCGCCCAGUGAGUGUCGUGGGUGCAAGGGGGGGAUCCCCAUGGAGGGCUCACAGGGCAGGGCCUAUGUAUGCUGGGGCUGCUUUAACCACAUCCUUGCCUGCCGCUCCGUGUACAGAGAAGGAGCUUAUGCAGCUUGUAUCGACAUGGAGCUGCGCGAAAGGGGAUUUGCGGCCCUUUACCACCAAUGUCUUUUUCCAAGCAUGCAAGGCGGCCUACCCAGAGUGGGUGUUUGGAGGCAACCUGGUGCUGGUGCCAUACCACAUCGCCUGGGUCUUGUAUUCCGUGAGUGGAUUGGUGCUAUUCGUUCCGUGUUCUAA